UCCCGCAGGUCGGACAGAACAGCAGCAUCUCCGGAGCCGGAAGCGGAAACCAGCGGCCUACCCCUAACCCCUUCCCCCUUCCCCCUUCCCCCGGCCCACAGCCGCUCGGGAGCGGGUGCCCGCGGUUUGGUUCCGGGGCCGGAUGGUUCCCAAUUCCAGGAUUCAUUCCAUGUCAAGAUUCACUGAGGAUGACUGAAGACAUUAAAAAGGAACUGACUCCUGCCAACAUUAAGGAGGAAGAAAGUUUUGCAGGAGAUAAUCAGGAAAAAGCUGCAGAAGAGGAGGAAGAGUUAUCACAUGCAGAAAUCCUGGACCUAUUUCAGGAAGGUCUGGCCAUGAUCGUCCAGGAUCCAUUGUUGUGUGAUCUUCCAGUUCAGGUUACUUUGGAAGAGAUAAAUUCUCAGGUCGCUCUGGAGUAUGGUCAAGCAAUGACUGUCAAAGUAAAGAAAGGAGAUGGUGAAAUUAUGCCUGUUGUUGUAAUUCAAAAUGACACGGUCCUUGAUCUGAAAAAAGCCAUUCAGAGAUAUGUACAACUAAAGCAAGAGCGUGAAGGAGGAACACAGUACAUCAGUUGGAAAUAUAUUUGGAGAACCUAUCAUCUGACGUUUAAUGGAGAGAAACUGACUGAUGACAAGAUGAAACUGAAAGAUUACGGUAUAAGGAAUCGAGAUGAAGUCACCUUCAUAAAAAAACUUCGAAAAAAAUAAAGAUUUGUGUAAAUCUUAGCACGUGUCCAAAAGGCAGAUUUGUCUUGUAGAGAGUUAUGUGUUGCUGCCUCUCUACUUCUGAGAAAACUCUUCAUCACACCAGGAGAUGAAGCGCAGGAGUUGUAUCAUUCACUAGAACUUCAGUGAUAAGGAACAAACCAUUUUCAGAAUUAUCACAAAUUGUAAUUUGACAUGUAGUAUUCUGUUAGGUUGUAUAAAGUGUUUAUUGAAUGAUUCAAUGUGUUUAGAGAUUAACUCUUAUUUUUGCAAUCCAGUUGGUUAUAUUAAAGUCCAAAUGUCAUAAAUCUGUUUAAGUACAAAACGAGCAUUGUGCAAAUGAAAAUUAUAAUAGGAUGUAUCGAAACAUUGGAAGAGCCUUAUAAAAGUAUUUUCGAAUGCUACAGAGCUACUUAAAGUCAGAUAUUCUUUCUGAUUUUUAUCUAUUAGUAUUUACGAAGGUAUAGUAUUGACAAAUAAGGUACCACAAGAUGAUUACUGAGUAGUAAGGCUGUUUGAUGUGUCUUGAAUCAGGUAUUAACUACUCAUUGUGUAAAAGAUGAUUUCUGGGUCUCAAUGCCCCAUCUGAAUCAACAUUGUUCUCUCAUACAAGAGAGAGCUUGCUCAGGGGCUCUUGUCAAUCUCCCCACAACACAGGUAGCUCACUUCUGCCCUGCUGAGCAGCUGGCUGUUCACAAGCUAUACCCAAAAUCCUAAACUUUCCUUUAGACCCCUGACUCUUCCUGACUGGUGCUCUGGCAAAUGAAGGAAGCCAGGUUAUCUGAAACUCCGCGCUGAAGCUGGCAUUCUUGAUUUCUGUCUUCCUCCCCUGCCCCUCUGCUGGAAUCACUUAAACAGGGCUCACAAUAUAUGCAAGCACUCGGCUAUGAUGCCAGAACUCAGAUCCGACUGAGAGACGUCGACUAAUGAGAUCAUAUCUGAGAUUCCAAGGUUACUUUGCCACCUGUGGAGAAUUCUGUGGACCGGAUAAUGCCUGGAAUGAAGAGAGCGUUCCUCCUAUCUUAGCGUGGGAAAUUUUCACCAGCUCACUGCCAAAUUGGCCUCCGUUUUGUAAAUGCAAUAACUCAGCUACAUAUAAGUAGCAGUGUAUGUUUUGGAUACUGUUCUUAAAAAUAAAACCUGUGCAUUAAAGGUU